UCCAAACAGAACUUGAGACAACUGCCUCCCCGGUCACUUGGCUGGAGACAGUUAGCAGCGAACAUGCUGUGCUGCUUUCCCAGACCUCAAGGCCGCAGGCCCAGGACCCCACGAAAGGAAAGCACUUGGCAACGAGUGAGAAGAUGGUUCACUUGCCCCAGAUGCUUCAGAACAUUCACCAGGAGCUGCCCAACAGUCACGGACUGCACAGGGCAGGUCUCCCCAGACCCAUUCACCAGGUGCCCAGAGAUGAGAGGGAGCCCAGGGAAGGUGUCCCUAGGCCAGAACUUCAUCUGCUCUGAGACACCGAGUCCAGUACAGAUCUAUAUAGACCUGGCCACCUCCUCCGCAGACAGCCUGGCAGACCUCGGCACAGUGAGCACGGUGCAGGCAGGGCCAUCCCACACCGUGAUGGAGUCCGUGGAGCAGGACUUUCCGGAGAGGAAGAGCAGGUCUGCCUCUUCCAUUCCUGAUUCCUCACCGGAGCUGAUAUCCCAGGUGGAUCCCCAGGAUGACCUUCUCCUGAACCAGCUGGAGCCUCCUGAGCCCACUGAGGCAGAGCUCCACGAUCCGGCCCACACUGACGUCCCACCUGCUGAACUCGUGCCAGCUCCACCUGCAGCUCCCGUGGCAUCUCUGGCCCCACAGCAGGAGCCAGCACCUGGAAGCCCUGCUCCACCAGGAACACAGCUGCAACUUCUGGCUCCAUGGCAGGUGUCCUCUCUUCAGAUCUACCUGGACCCAGCUCUUCACCUGCAACUGCCAUUCGCCUGCCUUACUCAUUUACUUAAUAUUGUUUUUAUUAUUGGAAAUCAGUCAAUCCAGAGCCUGGCAGAGAUCCGCACAGUGAGGGUGGUGCAGGCAGGUGAGCUGCACAACCUGACAGAGCCCCUGGAGCAGGCCUUCCUCGAGAGCUGGCCCUUCCACCACUCUUUUCAGACCCCUCAACGGCCAACAUCUCCACCCUACAGGCCCUGA